UAUCCAAAUCAGCACUGGACACGCACACCCACCUCAGGCAGCCUGGUAUGUAGUAGAUCCAUACCAAAUGUUCGGAGCGACGAGCAGUCGCCUCGCCAGCUCCGGUUCAGGUCAGAUACAGCUUUGGCAGUUUUUGCUCGAACUGCUCUCGGACUCGAGUAACGCAGCGUGCAUCACGUGGGAAGGAACCAACGGGGAGUUCAAGUUGACUGACCCCGACGAGGUGGCGAGACGCUGGGGCGAAAGGAAGUCCAAGCCUAACAUGAAUUAUGACAAAUUGUCCAGGGCUUUGAGGUACUACUAUGACAAGAACAUCAUGACGAAGGUGCACGGGAAGAGGUACGCGUACAAGUUUGACUUCCAGGGAUUGGCAGCGGCGACGCAGCCAGCGGCGGCGGACCCAGCCGCGUACAAAUACCAGAGCGAGCUGUUCAUGUCUGGUUACGGUCAUGCGAAGCUGAACCUGAUGCCGCCGCCAGCCGCCUCCGUGUCGGUCUCCGUCCCGGGCGGGCUGUUCCAGUCAGCGUCCAGCUACUGGUCGACGAGCCCCGGCGCGAACCUGUACGCGGGUCACCACACGGCCUCCGGUCAUGUGCCGCCCCAUCUGGGCACCUACCCCCACUACGCAUGACCCACCGCCGAGCACUGGGGCGCCCUGGGUACGCCGCGUUAACGAGUUUCUUACCGAGAGAAUUAAGAGGGCCUGUUCGGGGACCACCCGACCGGUCCGACGUGUACCGUCGGCCUGCGUUUAUACCGUCUCCGCGUCGUUCGUUUAACGCCGGCGACUACCAACGAUGAAAGAACUAUGGUACGCAGCUUGGAUGGACAUUUUCCUCUUUUCUUUCUUAACAUAUUUACCAACGCACAAAAAUUUUUAGCGUUUUGUAUGAUAUAGCUUAUUCUUUCGUGACAAGAGGUAUUGGAAUGAUAUUUGAAAUAAUUAUUCGGAAUUUGGUAUCAUCGUUUUACGUUACGGUGUUGUUUAGUUACUUAGGUAAUUGAAUGUUUUGAUUUGACAUCGGUCUACAUUUUGUUAUCAGUUUCAAGUAAUUUGGAAGCUCAUCGGCGAUGCUAGGUGUACAGAAGUUUGAUUUAAAAGGAUCGUAAACAAAUUUUAUAGUUCUCCCAUUACUUUUUAAUUGUUUGGGGUAUAGAGUUUUAAAAUGAAGGAAACGAGGAGGAAAUACAAAAAUGUCGUUUAGAAGGAAUAUUAUAACGUGGGUUUCCUUCAUCUAUUUUUACUUUCUAGGGCUGCUAUCGAACAAUCGACUUUCUUUCUUAUUGCCUUUUUUUAUUUAUAUGAACAACGGAGAUGUGUAAGUGCUUCCAGUUAUUCAUUUACUACGUCUUUUAUAAUAUACAUUUUCUGUUUCGUUUAAAUGCCAAGUCAUUUUCUAUCGUUGUUCAAUCAGAGAAAUCGAAGAGAAUAAUUGUAUAAGAACGAGGGAUCUAUUCAAUUCAAUUCGCAUGACUCAAAUAUUACUUCAUGAACGUAAAUUCGUGACUCGGAAUUAUUGAAUGAACAUAGUCAAAAAGCAGACGGAUUGGAGAAUGUAUCUUCGAUCAUUGUUCAAUGAAAAUAACGUACACUCAUGAAAUUUACGAUCACGCGUGGAGACUGUACCGGAAACAUCCUUGUUCACGGCCGACGGUGCGCUCGAAUUAUUGUAAGAACGUUGUACAUACAAUAUAAUGGAUUACGUAAGUGCAGGGUCGCACGUUCGCAGGUAAAUUCUCGACAAUCGAUUUAUUCUUGGUUCGAAACUAAUAAUAGGAUUAAGUUCGUAUCGUAGAAUUUAAAAUUCUUUAGUUUCAUUUUUAGUUUGUUUCGCAAUCUUAUGGAAAAUUUAAUACCUUUUUCGAAUUUUUUAAUUUCGUUAUCUUAUAAAUUUUAUCUAAGAUUGUGGAGCCUACAAUGCAUAAUAAAUGAACAAUUGAUUUUAUUCGUUCCUUUGAAGUAACAAGAUUACCAAAUCUUCGAAGUUCGCAAUACUGAAUUAUAAACUCCAGGAUAAAUCGUGUGCCGAGAAUGAUCCUGUCCAAGGGAACGUCGUCCUGUGCGGGAAUAACAAACCGGCGGCUUCCGUAAAGCAACGCCGGCAUUUCCGACUGGAUGGAAUCGAGCAUGCACAUUUUACGUGUCAACUAAUCGAUGAACGAACAAAAAGGUAUCGAAGGUGUCCAUUCAGAAUCAAUUCGUGAUAGACUCGAUUCGAAGGACUAGAUGAUGCUUUCGCGACUGGUGUUUCAUCCCCGAAAUCAGCAAGAAAAUAUGAAAAAUUGGUAUAUUAAUUGAAUCACCUUAUUUACUGAACAUGAGAGCAAUUUUCAAUAUUAUUUCGUUACAUGUACAAACAACGUGUUCAUAAUAUGUACAAAUGUGGAAAACAAACGUUUAUCUUUCUGACAUAAAUUUGAUUUGAUUCAUUUUACAAAUAUUAGAGGUUCCAAAUUUUAAAGUAACAAUAUUUUCUUUAAACAAAGUGAAAAUUUAAGUUUAAAAUACCAAUAUAAUUGAUCAAUUUGAAAAAAGGUAAUACAACAACGGUCACGGAAAGCGUUGAAAACAAGACACAGCGAUGCCACGACACCUCCGUCAUCGAUGAAAUGUGCGCCAUGUUCGAUUCGGGUCAAGAGUAAUGCGUGUAUUAUAAACUCUUUUAACUUAUUUGUUACAUAACGAUGUAUAGAUAGAGGAACCGCAUAUCACCGUUCGUAAACAAAGAAAAAAAACGAAGAAAAAAGAAAAGGAAAACGAAAGAGAGAAAAAAUCAUCGCGAGGCAUGCUUCUCGAGGUUGGCGCACGUUCAAGGGACGCGCGCUCGCAUUGGUACCCUAUUUUUUAUUUCGGGAAGGGAGGGAGAGGUUUCUUCUACGACCCUUGUGACUUGUAACACUCUGACCAACCGGACAAGUAUGAUUUUACAACGAAUUUUCGAGAUUUAGUGGUUCGGUCGUAGCAACCUGACUCAAUUACCAGCGACCAACGAAAUUUUUACCAUUAUUGGGUGGUCCACGGACCAGUGAACGCUUUUCGUUUCGGAUUAGCGACGGUCGAAGUAUCCUUCACGACUUUUCUUUUCGUUAAUACUAAAAACUAACCGUUCGUUAAUAAAAAUCGAAAUUUAUAUAUUUCUUACUGUAUUUUAAUUAGUUGCUUAGAAUUUUGGAUAUUUAUACAGUUUAUGAAGUUUUAUGAGAGGACAAAGAAUUGUUUAGAAUGGUUCAAUAAAACAACUGCAAUUAGAAGCAUAAUUCGAAGGAUUUGGAGGCAUUAAAUGUUCCUAUAAGUUCAUGCCAUAGUAGUUUUAUGUAUAUUAUGUUUUUAAGUUGACUCUCAUUAUGAAUAAACAAAUCAGAGUACAACGCCGCUGUAGUAGCAAGUGGUCCCAGAAAAGAGUUUCUUCAUCAAUGUUUAGUACUGACAAGAUUCACUUAAAUUAUGAUUUAAAGAUUGACGAGUACGAAUUUGUGGGAGAACUUAUUACUAAUAGCGAAAAAAGCGCUUGGCAAGUGGAGUAGAGCCUUCCGUAUCCAAACUAAUAAAAACAUGUAAGCAUUCGUCUCAGAAAUCCAGUAAUUAAAAUUUGCAUAUAUGAAUAUCCUUUUUAUACUUUGAGAUAUUGCAACCCUUCUUCAAUCUAUCUACAAAAAUACAGUGUACCCAUGAACAACUAAUACACUUCUCACGAUAAAACAAAGGAAAAUCACACCUCUAUAAAUUCCAGAAAUGGCAGUGUAUCACCAUAUUAAUCUGUCCCGCGAUUUUCGAAAGUAGCCUUUCCAAUAAAAAAGAUCAUUUACACGAUUCAGAAAAAAAUACCUUGUAAAUGUAGAUGUAGUAGACUUUCUAAAACUUCUAUGAAUUUAUUAUUGAAAAAUAAAAUAAGUUAAUAAAACAGCAUUACUUGCUGAGAAACGCUACAUUUGCAGUUUAUAGAAUCUUCGAUUAUCAAAGUUUUCGCGCACUUUCGGAUACGGGAGGCUAUGCGACUUCCUCUACCCGGGAGAAUCGACCGAUCGCCUAUCCGAACGCGAAACCUGUAUCACAUCAAUCGAAAUUCCAAAAGUACAACAUCGAGUCAUAUCAAAAGCCGAGCGUAAGAUCCCCGUAGCCGCGUUCUCACCGUCGUUCAUCGUCGAUCAGCCGCGAGUGAUGCGGUCGCUCUAUCUAUGUGGGAAGAAACGGUGGGACAGGGUCACCAGGAGAUGCCGGACGGCCAGGAAAUCCCCGUCCACCGGGCCAGCCGAAUGGCGACCCAGCCCGCCGCGCGAAAAGGUGUACCUCUGUCGAAGAAGCGUAACUCCUUAAGUCGUAUACUGUAUCAUACCAUUCGUAAGACCCCCAAAAAAGCAUCCCUAGAAUUACUCUAACGAUUAGCGUAACAGGCCCGUCGGGCGUUCCCCGGAAUCAUCCACCGACGGACGUUCGACCGGGAAUGGCGGAACCGGCGGUGGUCGUUUAUAAACGAUAUUCUGGAGGAUUUUGAGAAUUGAUCGAAAAAUAUUUGAAUAAUUGAGAACAUUUUUUGGAGAGGUUAUCAGGAUGCUCGCUAACUCUUUUACGCAGAUUGACCACUUGCUUCAAUAUUUCAUUUGUGGUUUUCCGAAGAUACUUUGUUCUUAAUGAUUAGGUAGAAGAAUGUGAAAUUCUAUGUUUACUGCAGACUUAUGUUUAUUUUAACUACUAAUAAGUUAAUUAGAAAAAGAUAAUGUUUCAUUUCGGUUAAAAAAAGGCGGACAAUAUCUAGAUCUAAACUCAGUUUGGAAGCUUUAUGAAUCUGAAUCGAUACUAGAAGGCAAGGGGUUAAAAUGAUGUUUUGUUGGACACAUUUGUAAAUGAUCAAUAGAGCAUCUUGUGUCUGUAAACUACAAACAACAGGCGAUGGACUACAACAGCGGUGGUUAAAGGGUUAACGAGAUGUCAAGUUAAAAAGAAACUUGAACGACCUUCAUUUAGAAGAAGGAAGGCAGCGUCGAUCAAAAUAUUUUCAAACCGAGCAGUGUAUCUAUGAUAUGCAGCCGUUCGAAAUACCAGUUCAACGCGCGGCCAGGCCAACGCCGAGCGAAGCUAAGCCCGUCCGAGCCUCAUUUUCCAAGCUGGUUUCGUGGAGCGUCGAGGGGCUCUAAUGUAGAUAGGGUGUUUUCAUGUGUAGCGUAGGCGUGUAGAGGACAUAGUCAUAGCGCGAGAAUGUAUUAACGUGUGCGCGAUCGAACGAGAUCGAUAAUCUGUGCGCGUGAAUGCAAAAUGGUACGUGUGUGUCGUGUGGUGCGCGUGUGAGCACGAACGGGCGUGAUUUUCGAAACCUGUACGAGAAUGAUAAUAAUAAUAAAGAUGAUGAUGACGAUGACAAUGACGGAUGAGUGGUACGAGAGAACGAGAUCGAGAGAGCGAGCGAGCGAGCGAGAGAAAGAGAGAGAGAGAAAGAGCGGACGACGGGUUGUUUGGCACUAGUAUAGACCGCGUUAGGCUAGGUAGAUAAGCGACCCCUUCGAAUCGGUGAAGAGGAGUUUCGGUCGGAGGUCGGGAAGACUGUGCCGACAACCGCCAUCAUCGCAGAGAAACCGGGGGGAAAGGAAUGGAAAAAAAAGAAAAGAAACGAUACGGAAAGGAUCAAGGGACGCGUGGACGUUGAAGGGACACAGCAG